AUGAGCAACGACGAUUUCUUUUCUAGCGUAGGUCGACAAGGACGAGGUCAAUCAAAUACAGAUCAAGAGAAUAUUGUUUCUUUUGCUCAUGCUAUCGCUGCACGUUUUGGAUCUUCUGAUCUUCUCACCGCUCGUCUCAUCCCAGACGAACAUCCACCUCAAAUUUCUUCUCCACAAAUUCAUUUACGACCACAAAAGUCAAUUCCUACCCCCUCAAAGCCCCCCUCAUCAUCGACAUUUACCCCAGUAAACCCUUCUGACCUCUCAGUCUACCUCGCCGACCCCUCCACCCUCAUACUCGAUAUCCGCCCACAUGCUGCCCAUACCGCCGCUCGUCUCCACCGUGCCCUAUCCCUUAGCAUACCUAGUACCCUACUCAAACGUCCCUUGUUCGGACUCUCAAAGCUCGUUCAGAUGCUUCCUUCUUCAUCUGCACGUGCAAGAUUCGCUGCAUGGCCAUCCGCAAACCAUAUAUUGGUAUACGAUGCUGACUCUGUCCUCGUUCCAGAUAGCAGCAAUAUUGCUGGUCUGCUUCGAAAAUUUCGUGCAGAGGGUUUCACCGGCGAACUCGUCUGGGUCAAAGGUGGAUUUCAAGCAGUUUGGCGAGAAGCACGCCACUGCGCCACCACUGACCAUCCUAGUCCUGAUGAGGACGAUCAAGAAGGCACCGCCUCUUCUGGUGCAUUGCGCACAAAGCAUCUCCCCAAAGCCGCAUUUUCACUCUCUACAACCAAUGCUGCAAACGCUGCUUCCGGCACUCCAGCCGUCGUGAACGCUGCGAACCCAUUUUUCGAUACCAUUCGCCAGAACUUGGAACUCAGCCAGGGUAUCACUGAACGCAUCCCUCUACGCCUUCCAAGGCGUAUACGUAGACGCAUCAACGACCUUCCCUUUCGUUGGCUUCAAGAUAUCGCUCGUCGUUCAGCCCUCUGUCCUUCCUCUUCCUCUUUCCCAGGUGGAAAGAGUGUAGAGAGCGGCAGCGAGAGCUCUGAUGAUCCCCAUGAAUCUGAUCCAGAUUCGAAUGAUCCAGACGUUGAAGAAGGCGCUGAAACUCUUGCCAUGCAAUUUUAUCGCAUAGAAUUGGCAGAGCAGCGGCGUUUGAGAACUGUCAUGGAACAUCAUGCAAGGGAAAGCGAGACCCUUCCUUCUACGCCCGUCCAUGGCGCAUUUCCAUUUAGUAUUACUGCAGGCGUCGAGAAAGGUGCCAAGAACAGGUACAACCACAUAUGGCCCUUUGAGCAUGCUCGUGUGCGUAUUCACGAUGGCCACAACCCACGUGACUCGUCACCUGUAGAUGACUACGUGAACGCGUCGUACGUGCAGCCUCUGGGCACGCGCAAGCGCUACAUCGCCACGCAAGGCCCCUUACCCGCGACAUUCGUCGAUUUUUGGACUCUCGUCUGGGAACAGAACGUCCACGUGAUCGUGAUGCUCACGCGCGAGAUCGAAAACGCGAUGGUUAAAUGCGGGACGUACUGGACAGAUUCAUCCUACGGACCUCUUCAACUCCAGCUCCUCAGCACAUCCCCACCCAUCUCCCCCUCAGCAUCCGCAAACACACCCGCUGACGCCGGGUUCUUCAUGUCCCCUCGCGAGUGUGACAAGGGCUCAAAGCAGCCAAGCAUGAUCGUGAGGACCUUUGCGCUCAGCCAUCGAGGGUACCCAGCGAUCCCACCUCGAAAAGUGACGCACCUGCAGUAUCUGGAGUGGCCGGAUAUGAACGUACCUGAUGAUCCUCGCGGCGUGUUAGAACUCGUGAAGCGCGUGGAGCGUGCUGUCCAGGAAAGCACACCUGGUCCAUCACCCUGUGGUUCGAAGAGCGGGCGGAGAGGGUGGCGGCAUCCUGAGUUGGACUCGAAGACGGGCGUUGCUACCUUUGCGCUUGGGCAUGCGCCGCCUGUGCUGUUGCAUUGCUCAGCGGGUGUGGGCAGGACGGGCGGAUUUAUUGCUGUGGAUGCCGUGUUGGAUGCGACUAGGAGGGAGAUGAACCAAAGGAGAGAGAUUAGGGCUCGUGCGCGCGCCGGAGUUGGCAGCGGUGGGAUGGAUGUGGAUGCGAUCCAGGAGAAGGACCAGGACCAAGUGCAAGAACAAAAUAAGGAGAAGAUCGUUGGGACUGUCCCUCUCGUUAUGGGCGACCGCAAGAAAUCCCGCCGCCAAGGCGAGACGAACUCUUCAGAAUCGCUUGUCGUGCAUGUGCCCUUUACAGGAAUGGCCCAGGAUGCGGAUGCUGGCGAACAGACAAAGGAUAGGACUUCUGCGGAUCUGGAUACGAGGUGGCAGAGCUCGACGAGGGAGUGGGCUGAACAGGUGCUGGAUCAGACGCACCCGGCAGGGAGCGGGUCAGUAUCUGGCUCAAGAAAGAGUGGUGGUAGCAGCGGCAGUGGAGCCUUUCCACCCUCCUCCUCCGUCUCCAUCUCUCACUCCGGUUCUCGAUCCAAUUCUGGUCCUGGUUUUGAAAGCGGGGGGAGCGCAGAUGUGGAAGCUGGUAGUGGGAAGAGCAGCCAAGUGUCGUCGGACGAGUCGGAGGAGAAUGUGGUGUCGUCAAAGAUCGGGUUGAGGUUGACUGCUGCAACGACCCCUACGAUGAAUGCUGCAUCAGGCCAGGAAACGACAACGAAGCCGAGCACCAUACCUAAGCCCAAGGGAAUCAGCAAGGCUAAGUCCGCUGGGCACCCCGCGCCGUUCUCGAUGCCUCCCGUGCCUGAGCUCGUUGAGGAGAAAAUUCCUGACGCCAAACUGGCGCCAUCUGAGCUGGACAAACGUGCGGCGGGUCACGCCGUGAUCGAUUAUAAGCUUCCGCGGCAGCUGCAUCAGGACCUGUCACCCUCACCAUUAAUGUCGCACGUGAACCCUAUCUGGACGGUCGUGCAGGACAUGCGCGAGCAGCGGAUGAGUCUGUGCCAGAGCUUGCGGCAGUAUGUGUUCGUACACGCGGCGGUUAUCGAGGGCGCCCUCAUGAUGGUCGAUGAAGAGAGAGAGUUGUGGGGGGAAAGUACUGGGAGCGAGGGCAGUCCAGAACCAGCGUAUGCGUCGAAUAUCAGCGAGGAGGGGCUAUCAACCUCGUCAGUCGUUUCAUCGUCGCCGUCGAAGUGGAAACGUGGCCCCAGUCCCACCGAACUUCUUAAGGAAGAUAAAUCCGGUACUGUAUUGUUCGCGAAGCGCCCCACUUUCAACCGCAGGACACCUAGCGACGAACAAGUCCUUGCUGUUUUUGACCUGGUUGCUGGCACUCCACAGGCUUUACCAAGUGGAACUGGUGGGGUAUCGACAGUUGAAAGUGGCAACACAACUCACCCGAGUAUGGGACCUAUAGUACCACAACAGGGUGGAACAUAUGCUACUGCGAAGCAGUGA